ACAUACGAGAAGCUCUAUAAAGUCUAGGUUCUUCCGCAUCAGGAGCUACUUAAGGAGCAGUCCCUUUACGACACCGGGAUAAGCCCAACUAGCCAUCUCAGUAGUCUUCUUUCCUACAUAUGUUUCAUAGCUUUUAUUUUGUUCGUAGACUAACUUUUCUUUGUUGUAUCCAUACAGGCAUAAGGGUCACGACGCAGUUUCUCAAGCAAGCGGUCUAGAAGAAGAAGACAAAGAUGGCAUCCAAGCCUGGCGGUCCUUCUUGGCCAACAAAGAAGUCGAGAGAAGAGUCCCCUCCUCAGAUACCGAGGAGUGCGCAGCCACCAUUGCCACCCCGACUGCCACCUCUAGAGUGUUCUUCAUCGGAGGUCACGGUUGCAAUCCCUUCUCCUUCUCCUGCCGAUGACGACAUCGUUGUCGUCGAGCCGUCGGUGAAGCCGAAUGCGGUCCAAGCUCUCCCAAUCCAAUCUGGGACCAGAGGAAGCCGAGUACCUAGUCGAGAAGGUGCCGACAAGGGGAAGGACCCUGCUGAGGAGAGUAUCCCCAUCUACACGGCCGACUAUGGUGUGGAUGCUCUUUUCGGAGAGGUCACAAUCACGAUCGAGAUGCGCUUCAAGGCAACCGAUCAGGCUCUCCACAACCACCGACUUGCUGAGGAGUUGGCAAGGAUGGUCAUGCUUCCCGCCAACUGGGAAAUAAGGAAGGCACACCCAAUCGGGGAGAUCCAGCCGGGAGCCUACACAUCAUUGAUCGGGAUAAUCUACGAUGUAACUGUCUUAGCAGAGGGGGUUACUGGAUUUGCCCGACUCAAUGCCCAAUUGGAGGACCCAGCCCAGACUGCUCGGGCGAGGGUCAAGGUCGUCAAUGAGCUCCUCCAAGUUGCCAAGGAGCAGGAAAGGAAGAAUAAAGGAAGAUCGCUCUAUUGGAGGUUGAAUUGAUGAACUCGACGAUCCGACAGAAGAAAGAAAAGGAGGCGUUUGGCAAGUUGAAGGCCGACUAUCAGAAGGAGAUGAAGUCGACUGAGAGCACCCUCAUCAGAGAGAGGGAGAAGAGGCAGAAGGCCGAGAAAGUGGCUGAGGAGGCCAAGAAUGCAGCCUAGGAGGGUGAGAAGACUGCCAAGGAGGUUGAGAAGGUUGCUGCCGAGUUGAAGAAGAAACUGGCGAUGGUAGAGACUCAGGCCCAGGAAGCUAUUUUUCGGACAUUGACCAAGUUUCAAAAUUCAAAGGAGUAUGAGAAGGAGCUUGCCAAUGCCGGCGUAGAUGCAUACCAGCUCGGAUUCAUGGAAUGUAGGAAGCAGGUCCGCUGUCUCGCACCCAAGCUAAAUUUGAGCUCGAUACAAGCUAACAAGGAAUCAGAUGAGUUGAACGACGAGGAAGCGGAGGCCAAGGAGGACCGUCCCCAGUCUACUUCUUAGAUUUCUUUUGUACUCCUUUGCUUUUUGGUCUUCUAUUUUAUAACUUUUUGUCUUGCUCUAACUCUA